GUCGUUUCUGUUUCCGUCCCCCAUUUCCUCCCUCCCCCGCCUAAUCAAGGGCACCGCCUCUCUCUCUCUCUCUCUCUCUCUCGCUCUCUCUCUCUCUGUGGGAGCUUCAGAUUACAUCUAUUCCCUUUUUCUGAUUAUGUUUUCUUCAGUGUGAUUACUGGAGGCGAGGUUUGUAUAUAUGUUGUCUUAUGGCCCGUAAAAAGCGGCUCCUGCAAAUGACAUCUUCCAGCGCCAUAGCUCCCGUCACAGAGCCCCGCGACCAGGGCAGAGUUACUAGGUCACGAUCCCGCGCCAAUGCUGCAGAUGUGCAUACCGAGCCAUGCUCUUUGCCCGACAUCUUCAAACCUAGGAAGAAGGGUCGUGGGGGGGCAGUCGUUGCUGCUUCGCCAUCCCCAAGUGCGAAAGGAACUGAGGAAGAUGGUGAGCAGUCUUGUGGUCCAACUGAGGAAGAAGCUGGUGGUGAUGACGAUAAUGGUGCUAUUGUGGUGGCGGAUGAUCCUAGCGAUCGCGAUGUUGUUGUGAUGGCGGAUGAUCAUGGCGACUAUAAUGUUACGAGCAACACCACCUGUGAUGGCAAUAACAGUAACCCUUGUGGGGGCAAGGAUAAUGUCGGAACUUCCUUGACCGGUCCCGGCGCCUCACAAGAAUCUUUAGAAACGAUUCAAACGACUUUGCAGGAGGUGGCUAAUGUCAUGUCUGCUAUCACUACCUUAUUGGAAGAAGUUCAACCUACAUCCCACUCAUCUCCGAUGGAGGCACUCUCUUCACCCAGCAGCUUGCAGGAAUAUUCUAAAGAUUCUGCUGAUCAUUCACGAAGAAAACGAGGCCCUACUCGAGCUUUGGAUGUACUUUUGCUGCCAAAGGGUGAAAAAAUUAAAGUUAUGAACAAUGAGCUUGGGCAGGCAAUUGGGAACAAUGCAAACAAACUCUCAAGUUUCAUGGGCACAAUAGCCCGUAAUGGAUGUAUUGCACCUCUUACUUACAAAGAUUGGAGAAUGAUGCCACAAAUAUACAAGGAUAAAAUGUGGAACUGUAUUCUGGAAAAAUUUGACAUCGACAAAUGUAUGAGGCGUUGGGUCAUGAUGUCUUUGUCAACAAAGUGGAAAAAAUGGAAGUCUAGUCUUAAGAAGGAGCACUAUGAUGCCCACGAAACUGAUGAGGAGCGCCUAGAAGACUGUGAUGAACGGGUUUUGCCAGACCAAUGGACAGAACUUGUGCGCUUUUGGAGCUCUGAGGAGGGAACAAAAUUGUGUGAAAGAAACAAAGCUAAUCGGGAAAAAUUAACUUGCAUUCAUACAAUGGGUACAAAGAGCUUUGCACGUUUACGUGAAGAGGAGAAAGCUCGGACAUCAGAUGGGUUAGAGCCUAGUAGAGUCGAGUUCUUCAUAAAGACCCAUCAGAAGAAGAGUGGUCAACCGGUGGAUGAUAAAGCAAGUAAAAUAAUUGCAGAGUUCAACAGACUGUUGUCUGAACUUCCAGAGGAAUCACAAGACAAGACAACUAAAGAUAAUAUUUUUGCUCAAGUCAUGGGAAGAGAUCAACAUGGGCGUGUGCGAACAUAUGGGCUGGGUCCUGUCCCAUCUGAUUUUUAUGGUCCAAACUCAAGCCAUGCUGAAUCGACUGCAAGAUCUGAAAGGAGAGCAGCAGUCACAGAACAAAAGAUAAGUGAUCUGAAAAAACGGAUUGAAGAAAUGCAGCAAGAGAACCAGAAUUUGCAGGAAGAGAACCAGCAGUUACGCCAAGAGAAAGAAAAAACAAAACAAGCGGAAGAAAGAAGUACUUUAGAAAAGCAGUUGGAAGAGAUGUGGCAAGAAAGCGUACAGUUGCUGCUUGGCAAUGAUAAAUUGAAAGAGGCAGAACAAAAGAUAAGUAAUCUACAAAGGCAGAUGGAAGAAACAUUGCAAGAAAACCAACAGUUGCGGCAGGAGAAUGAAAAGAUGACAAAACAGAUAAAGAAGAUGAUGGAUAUCUUGACGAAUGUCCUGUAAGAGUAAGACGGUCCUUGUAUUGAAAAGUGGAAUUGCUACAUAUGUGCAAAUGUGGAGUCAAAUUACCAAGCGUAGUUGUCUAGACGGGAACUGUUUCAGUUACUGAAGGCAUUGCCAGCCAAACAUUGCUAUAUAUAUAUAUACAAUUGAACGGUGCCCGCUAAAAUAGUAUUAAUUUUCUGUUCAUCACA